AAACGCAUCGCCACACAUUUUCAUCUUUACCAGCUAAACAAUAAAAUUUCUGUGAUUUUGGGUCACGAUGAUAAAGUCCAUCCUCUUACGUCCCUAUUCUGCUCCUAUCCUUGUGGAGGUUAAGGAUAUCCACCGUUCGGGAUUAUCACCGUUGUCGAAAACGAGAUUUGCUUCCACGAUUCGCUGUUCUUCGAGCAACGACGCCUACAUACCGAAGCUCGAGCCUUUUAGUAGAACAAAAUUCGAGCGUGUUGUUAAAGACCCUCCCUUGAUUGAGAAAUCUGAGAACGAUCUCGCUGAUUACUGUUCGACACUUGAAGGAGACGAAUCUUAUAGUUGCUGGAGAGCUUAUUUCGAACUCAAAGAUCUUGAGAAAGAGGUAGCGAAAGAAGAGGUAGAGCACUUAAUUAUACAAGCAGGGGGAGUUAAGUCACUGAUUGGUUUCUUACAUGGAAUCGCAUCCAUCCACAACACUGGAAACAACAAAGGAAUUUCAAGUAAGGCAAAGCCAUUGCAGACUGAACAUGAAGGUAAAAGAUUCAGUCAUAUCCCAGACGGGUUGCCAAAAUCUGCAGAAGAAAUAGAGGAAGAAGAGAGAGCAAGAAUGCUGGAUUCCCCAUUUACCAGAAUGCUUAGAACCAAAGGCACAUUUCCUGCCUGGUACUCUCCUGCACCUGACCACGAAACCCAUUGAUAUAAAUGUUAUUAUCAUACAUACACUAGCCUCCCCUUGUACAUAAAAUGUUUUGGGAGUUUGUAGAAAUCGGUUUUCAAGUGGGAUUGCUCUGGAGAAACUGUUGUUGAACGUGGGGUUUACCUGAUUCCAUUUUUGUAAAUGACUGUGUUGCAAGUUUGUGUUUUGAAUCUCUGUAGUUCCUUUACCUAUUAAUCACUGUUUUUGUUUCAAA